CACCAGAUGUAUAUGACUAUAUAUUUUCCAUUCUCCUCCAAAAUUUUGCAGUCCAAGUCUCCCAAACACAAUCAAUCAAAUUGGACUUGAUUCCGCCAUUUAUGCCUUCAACUGUAGUGUUAAUCAGCUUCUCUGUCUACUCCAUUUUGUUGUGUCAAAUCUUCAAACCUAACCCUACUCUUUCCUAAACCCACAACCGCUAUAAUUGUUUGAUUCGCAAAUUAUGAUUCCUGUCUUCCUUUGAUCUGCAUUUUGAACGUUUUGCAGGAUAUAAGAUUUAGGGGAGACUGCUGCAUUUGUUGUUUCCGGUGCCUUGAUAUUCAAUUGUUUUUGAAGGGCUAAGCAGAGAUCUAUGAUUUGCCUGCAGUAGUGGCUAGUGGAAGAGCUGCUAUUGAAGGGUGUAUUAGCAAGUGGUUCGCCUUCAUCUUUCACAUGCUCAUAUAUAUUGCAGGCUCCUUCUGUUGGUGCUUGAGUGCUCAUCAUCAUUAUAACCGGCCAGUGUCAUUAUACCAUGGACCCUUAUGCUCACUUGUCUAGUUUCCAGUUGUAGUUUGGUAUAACUCGAGUUCCAUUCACAAGGAUCCUGAUUUUGUUGAUAUAUGUGCAAUAGCAAGAUAUGGUUUUUCGGCUGUGAAUAGAGUGUGGAAAGAUGGCCAAUCCAGACGAGGAACAACCACAAUUGCAACAAACACAGCAGACAGAGGACUACCUUUUCAAGAUAGUUUUAAUUGGUGAUUCAGCGGUUGGAAAAUCUAACUUGCUUGCAAGAUUUGCUAGAGAUGAGUUUCAUCCUAAUUCAAAGUCUACUAUUGGGGUAGAAUUUCAGACCCAAAAGAUGACCAUUAAUGGAAAGGAAGUGAAGGCACAGAUAUGGGACACAGCUGGCCAGGAGCGGUUUAGGGCCGUGACGUCUGCAUAUUACAGAGGCGCAGUCGGAGCACUUCUUGUCUAUGACAUCAGCAGACGCCUCACUUUUGAUAGCGUAGGCAGGUGGCUUAACGAACUUCACACUCACUCGGACAUGAAUGUGGUGACGAUAUUGGUGGGAAACAAGUCCGAUCUGAAAGAGGCUCGGGAGGUGACAACCGCGGAGGGUAGAGCCCUGGCCGAAGCACAGGAUCUGUUCUUCAUUGAAACGUCGGCUCUGGAUUCGUCCAACGUUAUUGUUGCGUUUCAGAAGGUGGUGAAGGAGAUCUACAACAUUUUAAGUAGGAAAGUGAUGCAAUCUCAAGAACUCAAAGAGAAGGAUCCGGAGUGGAUGGGGAAUGGGAAAACAGUGGUUUUGAAGGCUGAAGAUGAAAACAAGGAAACAGAAGCACAAGCUAAAAAAGGCAGCUGCUGUUCAUCAUGAUUUCCUGCUCAUUUUUCUUCAAUUCUGCGAGGAAAAAAAAAAUUCUACCAUAAUCUGUAAAUGGCUUGAGAUGUGCUAGAAAGUAUUUCCAUCAAGUAUUUACCUAAUUUGCUUUUCUA